AUGGUCAAUUCUAUAAAUUUUUUCUUGCUUUUUUCUCUUCUAGUCUUUGCUCCUUUCUGUCACUGUAAAAGUAAAGUAGGAGAUUUCCUAUACCCUCAGUUUUACGACGGUUCGUGUCCGAGAGUCGAAGAGAUUGUUAAGUCUGUAGUUUCCAAGGCUGUCGCUAAAGAACCUCGCAUGGCUGCUUCGUUGCUGAGACUGCAUUUUCAUGACUGUUUUGUCAAGGGUUGUGAUGCAUCGGUGUUGCUAGAUAGCAGUGGAACUAUCAUCAGCGAAAAGAGGUCGAAUCCAAACCGUAACUCGGCUAGAGGAUUUGAAGUCAUUGAAGAAAUUAAAUCUGCAGUAGAGAAAGAGUGUCCACAUACAGUCUCUUGUGCUGAUAUUUUGACUCUAGCAGCUAGAGAUUCAACUGUUCUUACUGGUGGACCAAACUGGGAUGUACCUUUGGGAAGAAGGGACUCUUUUGGUGCAAGCAUCAGUGGCUCGAAUAACAACAUUCCUGCUCCGAACAAUACAUUCCAAACCAUCUUAACUAAAUUCAAGCUUAAGGGUCUUAACAUUGUUGAUCUAGUUGCUCUAUCCGGUAGUCACACUAUAGGUGAUUCAAGAUGCACAAGCUUUAGACAAAGACUCUACAACCAAACUGGGAAUGGCAAGUCAGAUUUCACUCUUGACCAAAACUAUGCAGCUCAGCUGCGCGCUCAGUGCCCGAGAUCUGGUGGAGACCAAAAUCUAUUUGUCCUAGACUUUGUCACCCCGGUAAAAUUCGACAAUAACUACUACAAGAAUUUAUUGGCCAACAAGGGUCUGUUGAGUUCUGAUGAAGUUCUGUUGACAAAGAAUCAAGUAUCUGCAGAUUUAGUGAAAACUUAUGCAGCAAGAAAUGAUAUUUUCUUUGAACAAUUUGCCAAGUCUAUGGUUAAGUUGGGAAAUAUUACUCCUUUAACAGGUUCAAGGGGUGAAAUCAGGAAACACUGCAGAAAGAUUAACAAAUGA